GCUCUGACGUUCCUGCUUGGCUUUCGACCAAUCAGCCGGUUUUCACUCUGAACAUUGUUUUGGUUGUAACUCAACUCCCUUCAUACAGGACUCUUCAACAUCUGCCGCAGUCGUCCUCAUCUGGGUUUAUCACAACUUCAUUUUUAUUCAUCUUUGGAUUUGAGCAGCAGCAGAUUCUGCAGACAUGAUGAAGCUCGUUAAGAUGCUAAAAAUGGCUUCUGCUGUGAACUCUCAGCCAACAUGAAAAUCGCAGCCAACAUUCAGAAGUUUGGACGGAUUAAAGUGUCGGAUCCAGAUGUUGUGAACAUCCUGGUAAAGAUUAUUUCCCAUUAUGACAUCAGUGUGAUCCUGGAGGUCAUCGACGCCAGCGGGAAGUCGGUGGAGACGCUGGUGCAAGCGCUCAACAAAGCCAACAAGAAACAUCACUACACUUUGAAAAUCAGCUCUCGAUUGGGCCGGACGCGCUAUAAGGAGCAGUUCAUGUUCCUGUACAGGGACGACCUGGUUGACCUUGUGGGAUCGUACCAGUUCGAUGAUGAGAAGACCGAAUGCCUGGACGUCUUCGCCAGGGAUCCGUACAUCCUUCGGUUCAGGUGUCUGAACACAGUUCUGAAAGAUCUGGUGAUGAUCCCAGUUCACACCCAAACCGAGGACUCGGAGAACGAGCUGGACGAACUCUACGACCUCUUCAUUCACGUGAAGAAGAAGUGGAGGACUGACAGCAGAACGAUCCUGGGGGACUUCAACGCCGACGGCUCGUAUGUUUCAAAGAAGGAGAUGAAAACCAUCCGAAUCCGCAGCAACACGAACUUCCACUGGCUGAUCGGAGACGAUGUGGACACAACGGCGAGCACCAAAAACACCAACACAUACGACAGGAUCGUUGUUUACGGAGACGACAUGCUUCAGGCUGUUGUUCCAAAAUCUGCUAAAACCUUCAACUUCCAGAAAGCUUACAAGCUCUCCGAAGAGCAGGCUCUGAAAGUGAGUGACCAUUAUCCAGUGGAGGUGGAGCUGAAGUCUAUGGUUGAAAUAACAGAUGAAGGCGAUGGCCUGAAAGACAAGCUGGGCGGGAUGCAGUCUGAUGAAGAUGAGGAUCUAACAGAGCUGAAGAGAGGAAAUCUGCUCCUGGAAAGAGAGAAGCUCAACCUGGAGAUCCAGAUCCUCUGAAUGAAAGUCGCCAGGAUGACCAACGGAGCUACAAUUUAACCUGAAGAGGCAAGAGUUCAGCCUCACUUCACACCUACUCAACAAUCUGCCAAUUUCCAGGUCUGAAGUUGGAAAAACCAACGAGAUUAAUCUGAAACACAGCCAACAUGACCGUAAGCUGCAGUAAUACUGGUUAGCUGUUAGCGUGUACGGCUACAGGAGCCAGUUUCACAAGGCUGGUCUCUGCCUGACUCCUGGAAAAACUGAUCCAGAUCAACCAGAACCAGUUUUCUACCUUGAUCUGGGCCUGAUUUGACAACACUGCAAAACCACAAAAUCUUACCAACUCUUUUAGUUUCUAGUGCAAAUAUCUUAGGAAACUUGAAAUAAAAGAAAACCAAGUAACUUUUCAGCAAGAUGUAGAAUCAUGUUUCCUUAAUAUUGAUGAAAAAGUUCAAGUUCUUUUGGUAAAGCAUUUUUCCUAUAUAAUAGAACUUUUUCAUCCAUAUUAAGGGAUUAUUAAGUUACUUUUCUUGCUGGAAAGCAAUUUGUAAGUUAGUUUUGUCUUAUUUCAAGUGAACUAAGAUAUCUGCACUAGAAAAUGAAUCAAAAUACUUGUUGAGAUUUAAUGUUUUUGCAGUGAAGCAAACAGAAAAAAUAUAAACAUUUUUACAUUCUCCAGAGCAGAAGAUGUGAUCCAAUCCUCUUUGAAUACCCUUGACAUUCUGAUAUCAGAUAAUUUUUCAAGUACAAGGCCUUGUUUACAUCAGAUUUCAUUUUGUCUUUGUCCGAUCAGCAGCUGCUCUGUCAGCCAUUGAUGGUAUGUUGCAGUCUGCAGUUUUGCAUCUAUCAUCUAGACUUGAUCAUCCUUGGUGCAGAAUACCAACAUCUCGCUCUCUAUAUAUCAUAUGUGAAUAUAAAUUGAAUUAUGUUUUUAUUGUUUUGUUUUUGUUGGGAGUUUUCUGCAUCUCAACCAUCAGUUUCAGCCUUAUUGUCAUCAAACUAGCAGCAUCACUGUGCGCUGCAGAUCGUUUAGACGUGGCACAGUACUCACUAAUAAUAAGAAUAAAUAAUACAUUUUAUUUAUAAAGUGCUUUUAAUGGCACUCGAGACUCAUGCUGCAGAAUAAUAGUUAAAACUCCAAUAAGAAGAAAAUAUUUGUUUCGUAAAAUAACGAAUUGGAAGAAAUUAUGCACUGAAAGAAAAUCACAAUGAGCAUCUGAUGUUGGAUUUUAUGAGUUAAUUGUUGAAUAUUCCAAAAGAUAAAUUAUUUAUGCUUUUAAUGCUCAACAUUUAACACAAAUGCUUGACAUUGUGACAGGUGGUUUUUCUGCGCCCUAAAAACUCCUUUGUUCUACUAUCCUAUGCGCAAUUUGGAGGUAUGUGUGCUUCACCAUGGCUUUCUUACUUGCUGAGUAAGAGCCAUGCUCUGGUUGAUUAUGUCACUUUUUGUGGGUACAAAUAAAGUAUUUCCUGCACCACAAAAUUGGGCCACCUGGUUCUCAGGUGGCCCAAUUUAACCUUUAAUUGUUUAACUUGAGAAUCUGAAGAGCAGUUUCAUGUGUAUUUUUUUGACAUGUUAUUAUUGUAUCUUGAACUGAAACUACAUUCCUGGUUCUGUUAAAUUUCUUAACCAGCUAUAUCUGAACAAAAAGUGGCAGCAGCACCAUGCUGUUUUGUUUAACGACUCAUUUUUUAAGUUACUGUCAAAAUUAAAGGUUGUUUUUUAGAUUUUUUAGCACAACUCAAUACAGAUGCUUUUAUUUACUUUUUUCUUCUCACAGAAUGAAAACUGUCUUUUGAAAUAAUAAUUUAAAUAAUUACUAAAUUUUCUAAAGGUGAUUUUUUUGUAAUUAAUUUAACUCAAUGUUUUUUGUGUUGCUGUUUGUCAAUGCGGAGUGUAAACAUGUUUUGUACAGGAUAAUUGUUUUUACCAUAUUUUAUGAAU